AUGUACGACGUACCCACCUACCCAUUGGCAAUUUUUCCAAUGACCAUGGGCCGUAGCGCAUAUAUAUAUUAUCUACUUCCGGAAAUAGCACUUCUCAGCAAAGCGACUCGAUCUGCCACUCGAUAUUCGAGGGGUGUGCUACUAGUACUCCUUUCCUCGAUCCACAGCGACCCAAAGUCGUUCAAUCCACCACAAACGAACGCCCAAACCCUAAAGCAAAAGAAGCGCCCAGAGUUCCAAAAUCCGCGCACUCCGACUGGCCCAAGCCCCCACCUGCCUCUUAUAGAAAUUCGAGCCCACGAAGGCAAUUCUCCCGGAAGGACCCGUGAUCGCGUCCCUUCGUCCGCCACGCAAAACCGUCCCUCGUCAACGUCGUUCCCCUCGCUCUCCAAAAGCCCUUCGUCGUCGUCGUGCGUACCCUCAGCCCAACGUUCACCCAAGCCUACGCAAAGACUUACUGACGAAAACCUUUCGUUGUUGUUCCUGCUAAUAGAAAGACCAGAAAAGCAAGCAACCAUGAGCGGCCUCGCAUCGUUCUUCUCCUCCCUCGUUUCGUCCAGCACCAGCGCCCCGGUCGUCCACAACGACUCUGACAAGGAGGUCGACGCUGAGGUUGAGGUUGUCGAGCAGGAGGAAGAGGAGGAGGAGCCUGAGGAUGUCCACCCUGCCAUCCGCGAAGAGUGCAAGGAACAAAAAUGUGCUCAGCUGGCCAAGCAUUUUGAGGCGUGCCAGGAGAAGGUGAACGCUGGUGAGGGUUUCAAGGGCGAGGACUGUGUUGAGGAGAUGUUCCAAUGUAUGUCAACGUUCCCUUCCUCGAUGUACCCCAUCGCCUGCUCCUCUAUUCCGGCCCGCCUUCCUUCCUUUUCCUCCUAUCCAGCCCUCCUUUUCCCGCCCUUCCCUCGCCCUACCUCGAACCCUGUACUGACCCACCCCUUCCCUACAGGAAUGCGCCGCCCCCAAGCUCUUCGCCAAGCUCCGCUAAACAGCCCUCCACCACGGGCCUCUCUGGGAGCUCCUCGGUUCUUUCGUAGAACAUUGGACCAACCUCUCGCGCGUACACUCUACACCCGGCCCGACAUCUAGGCUACAACCCACUACUUACACCUAGUCGUUUGCUUGUGUGGAUGUAUGCACACCCCCCUCUCUAAUUAGAAGAAACCUGGUUUUUUUAAUUAUACAUCUUUUUUCUUUCGUUC